AUGGAUUUCCUUCUCGGAGACUUCUGCCUGUCCUGCGAUCGCCAAACCAACGGUACAAACUUCUGCUCCUCGGCAUGCCGUCUCACACAACUCGAUCACUAUACCCUGGGGUCGUCGACACCAUCCUCCUCUCCCCGUGACACAAGUAUCACCACCUUCUUCUCCUCGUCACAACGCCCUUCCCUGACCAUCACCACACCUGGUCUCUACCUUCCACCAGCCUACGACUUCUCCAUUCACCGGACCUCGUCAUCGAAUUCGCUCUCUACGUCUUUUAUCUCCCGCCCAAUCAGCCCGAAGCUGUCCGAACAAGCCCAGAAUGAUCUGAAAGACUAUGCGGGAUCUUUCGAUCAGACAAGGACCUUGAAAAGACGAGUGUCGAUGCAAAGCAACGAAGAUAUCAAAGCCUCUUGGAGAGGGCCAUGA